CGGGCGGAUCCGGCGGAAGCGCCGGGCAGGUUCCGGGGCCGCGAUGGCUCCGGACCCCUGGCUGUCGCUGCUCGCCGCCGCUCGCCAGCUCGCCCAGGACAUCGCCGAGAAGCUGCAGGAGCGGAACCGCUGCCAGCGGAGCGGGGAGAGCUCGGCCAAGGUCAACGUGGCCAUCAGGUCCUCGCUGCAGAGCCUCAGGGAGAAGAUUGAGCAGCUGAGGGAGCAGCUGCUGCGGGCGGUGUCCACACGGCAGAUCACACAGCUGGAGGGGGACAGGAGGCAGAACUUGGUGGAUGAGCUCCUGACCCGGCACAGACAGCUGGAGGCAUCCUACAGGAAUGAAGGCCCAGAGCCAGACAUGAGCAGAUCCAGCCUCAUGGCAGGAGGGGCCACACGAGGCCUCGCCAACCCCUGGCUCUUGGAGGAAUCGGAGGAGACCCGAGGACUUGGCUUUGAUGAGCUCAGGCAGCAGCAGAGGAGGAUCAUUGAAGAACAAGAUGCUGGACUCGAUGCUCUUUCUUCAAUCAUAUCCAGGCAAAAACAGAUGGGGCAGGAAAUUGGGAAUGAGCUGGACGAGCAGAACGAGAUCAUCGAUGACCUGACCAGCCUGGUGGAGAGCACGGACGGCCGGCUGCGCAGCCAGACCCGCCACGUGAAGGUGGUGGAGAGGAAAUCCACGUCGUGCGGGAUGCUGGUGGUGAUCGUGCUGCUGCUCAUCGCCAUCGCCGUGGUCGCGCUCUGGCCCACGGGUUAACCCCGACCCCAAUCCUGCCAGAGCAGCUGCUGCAGGGAGCCCAGGGCUCGGGGAGGCUCCUCUGAGGGCAGGGAACGAGCUGCAGCCAUCGCUGGGAGUGAACUGCGGAGCUGGGAGUGAACUGAACUGCAUCCGUCGCUGGGAAUGAACUGCAUCCAUCGCUGGGAGUGAACUGCAGAGCUGGGAGUGAACUGAACUGCAUCCAUCCUGGGAAUGAACUGCAUCCAUCGCUGGGAAUGAACUGCAUCCAUCCUGGGAAUGAACUGCAGAGCUGGGAGUGAACUGAACUGCUUCCAUCCUGGGAAUAAACUCCACUGCUGGGAAUAAACUCCAGAGAUCGGAAUGAACUGCAUCCAUCGCUGGGAAUGAACUCCACUGCUGGGAAUGAACUGCACCCAUUGUUGGGAAUAAGCUCCACUGCUGGGAAUGAGCUCCAUCCAUUGUUGGGAACAAGCUCCACUGCUGGGGAUGACCUCCUUCCAUCACUGGGAAUAAGCUCCACUGCUGGCAGUGAACUCCACUGAGGCAGCAUCCACCAGACACCCGCUCUCCUUGGCUGAAGAGCUCGGUGGGGUCUGGAGGAUUUCAGUGGGAAAAAGGAUUUCAUCCCACUGACAGCAUUUCAUCCCACUCUUCCCACCUUCCUCUGGCACUCAGCAGCUGCAGCUGUGGGAUGGACCCACCUCUCCUGCACUGGGGGCACGCUGGUGCUGCUGCCCUGCCCAGCUCGCUGAGCUCAGACAUCCCAGGGGCUCCCAGCACCGAAAUCCAGGAGUGGUUUGGAGAGCAGCAGCGUUCCCUGCUUCGGGAUCCCUCCUUGAGAGGGAAAAUUCUCUGUUCGAGGAAUAUCUUGGGGAGUGGUUGAAUCUGGAUUCUCCAGGAUGGGAAGUGACAGCCCUGCAGGGCCCCCGUGGGCUGCACAGAACCAAUGGUGGCUGGGUCAGCGCUCAGCCCUUGGGGGGGUACUGCUGGGUUAUUGAUCUCCAGGGAUAGUUACUGGUGGGUUAUGGAUCUCCAGGGAUAGUUACUGGUGGGUUAUUGAUCUCCAGGGAUGGUUAUUGCUGGGUUAUGGAUCUCCAGGGAUAGUUAUUGGUGGGUUAUGGAUCUCCAGGGAUAGUUAUUGGUGGGUUAUGGAUCUCCAGGGAUAAUUAUUGGUGGUUUGUGGAUCUCCAGGGAUGGGAAUUGAACAGCAGCAGGACUCAGCCCAGCCUGAGAGAGUGGGGAGCUUUGCCCUCGUGUGCUCCCAGGGGCUCUGCCAGCCUGGCCUCGGGAGAUGCACCACAAUUAACGUCCUCACUGAGCUCUGGCUCUUCCUUUGACAGCUUCUCACACCCUUCUGCAGCUGAGAGGAAGGAUUACCUAUUUCAAAACUAAUGAAAAAGAAGUAUUAAAUGUUUGCUUUUGGCCAAGAGAAUAAUUAUUUUGUUACACAUGUCAGUUUGAUUUCAGGAUUAAUAAAGCAGCAAUAAAUACUGAUUAAAGCUGAUCCAUUUAUAUACA